AUGCUCCUACACAAGACAUUACUGGAACGACCAACAGCUGCCAUGCCUGUUCAAACACAUGCGGAUAGGACACUAUCGACGUCUGGUGAGCCAGCUUCGAGAGCUAAGUACUUCGAUCAGUCGCCUGAGGACCAUGACACUUGCGAGAAGCUCGAGAACGAGGAACCCGAUCAGUUGGAUGACACUUCAGAAGGAUAUAUAUCGACCAAGGACUUUGCAUAUGAUCAGUCGAACCCACUACAUCACGGCUAUCUGCAGGGCGCAGAGGAUUACUACGACGAAGAGGAUAUGAUGUGCGACGGAGAUGAGGAUAUCAAUGAAGACCAAGGCAAGAGGCAGAGCAUCAUACUUCCCAAGGAUUACCUGAUAAACCAGCUGGCGGUUGCCCUGUACGAUUUUGAGCCCGAGAACGAUAACGAGCUUGGUCUGAGAGAGGGCGAUGUGGUGUUCAUCAGCUAUAGACAUGGGCAAGGCUGGCUGGUGGCAGAAAACCAGGAGAGGACCAAGACGGGUUUGGUACCGGAAGACUUUGUAACGUAUCUGGAAGACAGCGAUGAUGGCGAAGAAACGGCAGAGACCGCACGGCCAUUCUAUCUGACUCAAUUCAUCACGCAGGGCAUGAACUCUGCAACUGGCACCGAGGACGCUAGGAAUUAUGACGAUGAUGAUCAUGAGGAUGACGAAGAAUGGGAGGACGUUGACCACCUGGAGGAGGAAAUCGCCGAUAAACUCAAUAUAAGCAAUAAAUAG